CUUGAACUGCAAGCUGCUGCGCCAAGAGUCCUCCUUGCUACCAACUUCCCAUCCAACCCUGAUCCCCACGCCCUACAAGCAAGCAUGCGCUCCCUCGCCCUCCUCUCACCCUUUGCUCUCAUCGGGCUCAGCCUGAUCUCCAAUCUCCCCAAUGGCGUCUCUGCUCAACAGAAGACCUCCGGUGCUGCAGCGAACAUGUCUCUGUGCGACAAGUACUCAACGGCUCUGUUCAAGAGCGUAAACGCGACGGCACAGAGCACUCUGUUGACGGCACUGGUCAACACAGUCGUGAUUGGAAGCUAUUCGCCCCUAGGAGAUAAGCUGAAGGUGCCAGGUAUUUUGGCCAACGGAACGUUCAACGACCAGCCAGUAAGCCUGCUCAAGUAUUUUGACGGGUCUCUCAAGUCGACCAACGUCCGAGGAGUAGCUCAGUCCGUCAACUUCCUUGAUGGAGGUGGAGCUGAGCCGCUCAAGAACAACAAGCCAGCCAACGACACGACAUCGGCUCAGUAUGUCCUCAUGACCCACUUGUAUCAGUACUUCGGCGCCGCCCUCGGGUGUAGCUCACAGUCGGACAAAGGAGAAUUUCCAACCUACCAAGGCACUCCCUCCAUGUCCGCCGCACACCGUUUCAUGAAUCUCGACGCCAACGAGGUAGGCUACUUUAUCACCCAAGUAGGAAUGGCUGCCGUCUCCUUUGGAGUGAGCACAGAGGACGCUACAGCCGUGGGAACACUACUCGGAAAGAUGUUCAACGUUCGCUGUGCACCCGCAAUCGUCUUCCCACCUCCGGCGUCUGGAGCAAAGGGACAACAAAAGGCAGCUUCGCAAAGUAUCUGCCUGGCUGCUUCUUGCCCUCUCGCGGAUACGUCGGACUGUAAAGUCGACUCGGCGGCAAAGUCUUACCCCAAUGGAACGAAUGGAGUUGCUCCUCAGAUGGUCAUGGGUGGAAGUGCGGGCGGUAACGGCAACGAUACUGCAGGGGGAGGAUCUGGAGAUGGAGCUGAUGGAGGGAGCGAAUCCCCUGCUUCGGGCGCUUCACCCGCUGCCUGGAUUGGGAGCCUUGCGACUCUCGCCGCACUGGGACUUGGAGCAUUCGCGGUUGCUACGCUCCUCUAAACUCCUUCGCAUUCGAGGACACUCACCAGAGCUGGAGCGAAGACAAUCGCUCCCAUCCAUCCAUCCAUUGGGCAGACAGAGCACCGACUACAAGUCCUUUACUCCACGUUCUCCCCCCGUCCCCCCACACCGUUGUCCCGCCCCCAUCCAGCCAAGAGUCUCUGCUAUUCGCUUC